AGUAUUUUAUGCACACCCUCCCCAUGGAUUUUCAGGCACUUUGGGGCUGUAACCUCCCUUUUUGGGGAGCCCCAGCUCCGUGAUUCCCGUGACAUCGGGAUGCCCCAAAUGACGUCAUCACGUUCUCAGACUACAACUCCCGGCAGCCACCGCGCAGGCCCCGCCAUGCGCUUCCUGCCUCUGACGUCAUCAGUGUGCGCCGCGCGCGGGCCGUGCCGCCGCCAUGGUGCAGCUCGGGAGCUGCCUCCUGAGGGGCCGCGGCGGCAACGUCGUCAUCCGCUUCGCGCUGGGGGGCUGCACCAACCGCCCGUUCUUCCGCAUCGUGGUGGCCAACAGCAGGCGCCCCCGCGACGGGAAGUACCUGGAGCAGCUCGGCUGCCUUGACCCGCUGCCCAACGCGCACGGCGAGAAGGUGGCGGGGCUCAACCUGGAGCGGCUGCGGUACUGGCUGGGCUGCGGGGCGCAGCUGUCCCGGCCCGCCGAGAAGCUCCUGGGGCUGGCGGGGUUCCUGCCGCUCCACCCCAUGACGGUGACCGCCGCCGAGAGGCUGCGCCGGCAACGACAACGCGAGCAACAGCAGCCCGAGGCUGCCCCUGCGGACAGCACGGCCGAGCCCGGCACCAACACCGCGCCCGGCACCGACACCGCGCCCUGACACGGCGGCCGGGAGGGCCUUGAGCGGCCCGGGACAGCGGCGGCCCCGGGACUGCACGGGCCUGGCCGGGCCGAGGACUCUCGUGCUCUGUCAGUGCAUCUGGCUCCAUUAAAAUGUUACCUCUACACCGUC